UAAUGUUUUACAUGUAUUUAUACCAAGUAGGGUCGGGCCUAGAUGAAAUCACCUUUUUCUAGCCGAAAUAGGACAUUUAUUGUGCAAAAUUUGCACAGGCACGCCACAUGGGGUAUCACGCCAUACGGGGCAUUAGUGGGGAGAAUUGAUUUCUGACAGACAACAGAGAUUUACACUAGUGUGGCGCCCCACAUGCUUCCCCACAUGCUGCAGCAAGCCAUUUUUCUCAGAGUACGGAUUUUGCUUAUGUUUUGAUGUUCAGACUUGGUACUCGACCCCCGAAUACGAUCCCGGCUUAAUCCCUUGGGCUUUUACUUAGACUUCAAAACUCCAAAUAGCUCGAAUUCAUUUUAUAACAUCUACAUAGCUCGGAAUCGCUCAUGCAAGGAAUAAAACACAUAAUAAGUGCAAAACACUACCAAUUAAAGCUCAAACAUAAAUAAAGUGCAGUGGUUUAGGGUGCAAUAAGCGACUAAAAUAUGUAAUUAUAGCCUACCAUCACUUGUCGGGUACAGAAGAGCUCGAAGAGCUGAGUGAAUUCAAGAAUGUCUUUGGAAAGGGCCAAAAGAAAAGGUCUUGGGAAGGGUCCAUGGAAGAAAAGAUCCAUCUUCUUUGGAUUACCAUAUUGGAAAACUAACAAAUUAAGGCACAAUCUUGAUUCUAUGCACAUUGAAAAGAAUAUAUAUGAUAGUAUUCUUGGGACAUUAUUGGAGAUAGAUGGAAAGUCAAAAGAUCAUGUAAAUUCUCGCUACGAUUUGCAAGAAACGGGAAUACGAAAACAGCUUCAACCAAUAAAAGAUAUUGCAAGUGGAACAAUUUCUUUGGCUAAAGCUUGUUUCUACAUGAAUCUAGAAGAGAAGAGGCAAUUUUGCUCCGUCUUUAAAAAUGCUAAAUUACCAAAAGGGUGUGCCUCAAAUAUUUUACGUUGUGUGCAUGAGAAAGAGAUGAAAAUAUCCGGGUACUAGAGUCAUGAUGCUCAUUUUAUAAUACACUACUUGCUCCAAAUUGCUGUUAAAAAAUUGUUACCCAAGAAUGUUUCUUUGGCAUUGAUUAGGUUGGGAAACUUCUUUAGAUCCAUAUGUGCUAAGGUUAUAAGGCGAGGGGAUCUUGAUAGAUUGCAGACUGAAAUCAAUGAUAUUACAUGUGAACUUGAAAUAUUUUUCACUCCAACCUAUUUUGAUAUAAUGCCUUAUUUGCCUAUCCAUUUAAUAAAUGAAUUUAAGCUUGGGGGUCCAACUCAUUAACGCUGGAUGUAUUCCACUGAAAGAAACUUAUGCAAGUAUAAGGCGCUUGUUCUUAAUCGAACUCACCCAGAAGCGUCAAUUGCAGAGGGGUUUCUGGCUGAAGAGUGCUUGACUUUUUGUUCGAGAUAUCUACAUGAUGGGAUGAAGACAAGAUUCAGUAGGUACCAAACUGAGGAUUAUGGGGACAUUGAGGGAGCAAAUUUGUCACCUAUAUUUCCUAAAAUAGGCCAUCUAAUUGGAAGUAAGAAUAAGAGAAAAAGAAAGAUUUUUUCCAUGGAUUUGCAGUUAUGUUCUGAGGCGCAUAGAUAUGCUCUAUUCAAUGCUGGAGAUGAAUAAGUGGAGGCAUUUAUCAUGGAACAUAAAAAUUUAAUUGAUUAUCGUACUAGAUCAAAUGCAUAGGGUAAGAGCAAGGAAUUAUAGUCGGAACUUCGCCGAUUGGUUUAAAGAGAAGUUAAAAGUAGUGAAGUGCCCAAUCAUUUGCAAUGGGCUAGCUAAGGGGCCUAAUACAUUGGAAAAAUGAUAUACUUGAUAUUUUAUUAAUAGUUAAUUAUUUCAUACAAUGACGCGGGAUGCCCCGUUAAAGACUCAGAAUAGUGGAGUGACUUUGUCAGCAACAACUGAUAGUUUUACUAGUGCUCGGGACCAAAAUCCCAUCGAUGGAGAGGUUCUCUACUAUAGAGCUAUUCAGUAUAUCAUUGAGAUUGAUUAUUGGAGUUACUUUAGUGUUGUACUGUUUAGAUGUGAUUGGUUUCGUAAUGAAGUAGAUGAAUAUAGGUUAUCCUGGGUAUACUUUAACCGACUAUGUAGUACUGAUGACCCUUUUGUAUUGGCAACUCAAGUAAAUCAAGUUUUUUAUGUGGAGGAUCCAAUUGAGAAAGAUGUUUAUUAUGCAAGGAAUAAAGCCCAUGUUGAUUUGUAUGAUUUGGAGGAAGAGAAUAUUCCUAAUGUUGGGGAGACUUUUUGGAGGGAGCCUAAUGAUGAAGUCGGUCCAUCAACUAGAGUAGCCGAUAUUGAUGUUAGAUGGUCGAGAGAAGAUUUACCUCUUGAUGUCAUUGAUAUGCCAGCUGUUGUACAACAUUCACAAGAUACAAUUAUGGAUAUAUCAGAAAAUGAGGAUGAUUUUGAUGAUACUGAUUGGAAUUGGAUGGAUGCUGAUGAUUGAAGAAGGAACUUCUCAUUUUUAUUUGUAUUUUGAACUUUAUUGCCUUCUUUCGAACAAUUUUUGUUCUUGUAUGUUCUUGGCAUUUGUAGUCUGUUUCAGUUCCAUGCUUUUGUAAUAUGCUAAGUAUUUGAUGCAAUAGUCUGAUACAUGGAGCUAUUUUAAUAUGUUUCAGUUCAAGAUUAGUUUAUUUCAAUUCCAAGCUUUUAUUAUAUCCAA